UUGAGAGAUAUGACUAUAUUGUCAAUGGAGCAGCUCUUUCAGAGAUCAAAGAAUACAUGAAAGAGGAGCACACUUUUGCUGAGUUUACUGUGGAAAUUGAAAAGUUUCGCAGUCUAGCAUCAGAAAUUAUGGGAUUGCCAAGCAUUGAGCAUUUUGACAUGAUCCGCCUUGAUUGUGAAGACCUGAAACGGGGUCUGGCUCAAGCAUGUCGAAGACUGGCAGAUGAACUUCUUAGCCGGGUUUCUUCAGAUCAUCGAACUGAAAAUGAAGGUAUUUGCAAAGAGUUCAACCAUAUCAGAGACAGGGUUCUGACUGUUCCUACAACCAGUGAGGAACUCAUUGACAUUAUUAAUUUUGCUGAAACUGCCCGCACAACAGGAAUGAUUCACUUGAAUCGGAAAAUAACUGAGUCGAAGGACCGUCUGGCAUAUUUGAUUGAUGUGUUUUUCUUUGAGCCAAAGGAUAUUGAUCUCAACUGUGAAGUUCUUACUUGGCCCCAGCGAAUCAUGCCCAUCUUUGAUGAGAAUGAGGCC